GUUCGGCAUCCAAGAGAUCGGCCAAGUCCGCCGAGACUUCUUUGGUCGAGAAGGGCCCCGUCAUGAGGGGCGGCACGAUGUUCAUGAAGAUCCGUCGUUGCCGAGGUUGCGGCUUGUGCAACUGCGACCUGAAUCCCCUCAAGGAUUCCCCGGGCUGGUUCGGCACGUUCACGUUCCUGGUUUGGAAGGCGGGGGACUCCCUGAAUCCAGUGGGCGAUUUGUGCAAGAUCUGCUAUCUGGUUUUUUUGCUGGGUCAGUUUGCCAUCCAGUACGGCGGCGACUUCGACGAGUUCUGUCACGCGCGGAAGGAGGAUGAGGAGCUCCAGCUGGAAUGGAACGCUGCGUACAAGAAGUUCGGCGAGGAGGAGCUGCUGGAAGGGAAACUGGUAGACGUCCGCAAGACGGCAGUCCAAACGUACAAGAAGAGCCAGAAGAAGAUCACAACUCCAUAUCGCUUGGUGGCGGCAGAUAGUUACGAGAAAAAACAUCCCGGGCGCAUCGCGAGGAAGGGGCUCACAGUGAAGCCCAUGGUGGUUGACGGCAAAAAGCGGGACUGCGUGUUCAUUCGCAGGCUGCCCAAAGACCAGUGGGAUCUUGAUAUCGAGGACAUCGCUGGCGUGGAGCAGUCUGAGCUGUUGAAUUCGGGCGAGUCUGAUUUGCGGAGGGGCCAGGGCUCCAUUGUUUUCAGCGGCAUGGCAGCCAAGACGAGGUUGAACCAGAAGGACGCAGAGAACGCAGCGAGUGACUCCGGAGGCGAGUCCGAGUCGGAGGCGGAGGAGGGGGAUGGCAGCUCCUCUCGGUCGGGCAGCGACAGCGGGGACGAUAAGGAGGACGAUGACAUGAGCGCCCUCGCGAUCUCUUUCUUGGACGAUGACGACAGGCCGAAGAAGGGCACGGCGAAGGCGUCGGCGUCUUGCGGCAAUUCCGGAGCCAAGGCGGAGAAGGCCGCCAAGGAAGCGAAGACCACCGACAAGGGGAAGAAAUCCAAGACGGAGAAGGCCACGAAGACCCCCGCCAAGCGCGCCCAGACAGAGAUCUCCGAUAGUGGGUCUGCUUCGAAGCGCUCGAAGGACACCGGCGGCACGGCGGCCGAUCAGCAGCGGGAGGAGGAGCAGGAGAAGGAGGCUGAGAAAGCGCGCAAGAAGUUCGCGGGGAAGACGGCGGAGCAGAUUCUGGAGCCUCAUGGGUGGUCCACGCUCACGGCGAACUACAGUAAGCUCGAGAAGAAGAUGGACUCUCACCCUUUCACUUCCACUCUCGCGGGGAACGAAUACAAGGAGUACAAGGACUCGAUCGUGGAGUUCAAGAAGGCAGCGUCCGAUCACCAGAGGAUCGUGGUCUCCCUGGACAUUAAAACGAAGAAGUGGGUGGGCCGCCCGCAGUCGGUCGACGACACCGUAGGGGGCAUGCGCACCAAGUCGAAGGCCAUCGUUGACGCCAGUGGCGCAUUCGAGCUGAAGAGGAACGACGCGAUGAAGAUGGAGACCACCAUCAUCGCGCUGCGGAACGCCAGCCCGGCGGUGCCCAAUGCCUACCACGUGUUGUUCUUUAGGGAGCGUGCCGCUGAUCAUAUUCGUUUCAACAGGUUCGACGAUUUCAUGUGCUUCAUCUCCCGCCAUGAGAACGGCUAUUGGACAUUGAACUCUUUCACUGGCCUGAGCGAGGAUGACGCCAAAGCCCGCAUGGAGGAGCUCGUGCAAGAGGCCAUUGAGGGAGCACUCGAAUCCGUCUGCAAGCUGUGCUCCCGGGCGGAGGGGGGCCCCAGCCAUCAGGUGUUGGGGGAGUUCUCGAACCAGCUGGUGGAGGCCUGCGACAUGAACCAGCUUGCUAUCGACCACUCCGCCCAAGCUGACCUCCGCCUGUUGGGCAAAGCUUUCUUCGACCUCGGGUGCACGGACACGUGCGCGAGGGUGGAGCACAUCAACAACCUCGUGGAGAUGAGAGCGACGCCCUCUGGGAUUCUCACCCCUGUUCUUCGGGACACCGAUGCCAUGAAGUGCCUGGACUUGCGCCUGGCCUCCGCGACCAAGGCAAACAAGCCUCAGGGCUGCCUCUCGCUGCUGGAGGGCCACCUUGCAAAGAUGAGCAAGCCCGUCUACACGCGUGCUGACAAGGAUGCCUUCGACGCAGACCUGUGCGCGAUGCUGAGGACUGGCGGCGCGAACCCGACGGACAAGGCCUUCUUCGACAGGGCAAAGGCCAUCGUGAACGCUCUGGUCCUGAAGAGCGACGCUGGCCACGGCGCGAUCCUGAUGCAGUUGGCGAGGGGCGCGAGCGAGGUGGCGGCGCAGAUUGAUGGAGCUGCCCCCCUGGACGUGGCGGCGAAGCUCAAGGGUGUCAUUACUGAAAUCACCGACCUCACUAUCAGGCACCACCUCGACUACCGUGCCAUCGCCCACAAGGUGGCCCUCGAGUACACGGGCCAAGCCCUCAUCGACUUGCUGGCGCGAUUCACGGACCCCGUGGAGCUCGAGCGCAGGAGUGAGCAGUUCGCGAUCUCCAUGGCGAUGGCCGAGGUCUUGGAGUCCACGUCCAGGGCGCUCGCGCACUACAAAGCGGACGCUGGCAAAUACCUUCAGCAGGUCAUCAAAGAGGUUGGCAGCCUCACCAGCCUCGCCAGUACGAUCGGCGAUGAAUCAAUUGUGCAGGCUGUCAGGAAAGUCGAGCAGACUUGCGGCAUUCAGCAGUCGGGUGCCGCGGUGUACGAGGAGACGCUGAAGACAUUCAAGUCGCAGUUCGCAUCUUUAGUGGAUUCGGCGAUCGCAUACUCAGAGGCGACCGGCGCGGAUAACACCGAGGAGGAGGACAGGAACUACGCAGACACAAUCAACGCGUGGACCGAGGGGAUCCACCAGCUCAAGCAACUGGCGACCUGGUCGUCGACGACGGAGCACGACCGCAAGAUCCUUGAGUGGUGCGAAUCGGGCUUCAUGUUCUUGCGAUACUCUGCCCUCGCCCCGGCCUCCAGGGAUCGCGUCGAGCAGGAGUUCACGCAGAUCGAGGCGAAGUGCAUUCGAGCGAUGGAGAAGAUCAUCACCGAUGUAGAAGAGACGAGGCCCUCGUUGCACUGGCUCCUUGGCGACAGUUCCAAGUGCGACCAACUCGUGGAGCUUGCCCGGAAGAUCUUCGACGUGGUUGACCCUCAGAAGCAGCUUAUCUUGCAGAAGGCGAGUGCUAAACUCACCGAAGACAUGGAUAAGCUGUCCGCUAUGCUACUCGUACCCGAAGGUGAAGAGCAGCCCGGCGAGGCGGCUAUCCGGGCGCACUACACGGCGGCCAAGGUCGAGAAGGUGAAAGCGCAGAGAUGCUUCACGAGCCAUUCGUACGACAAGUUCAAGGAGCUGCACGCCACGCACGGGGUGUCCAUGCCUGGGACGCUGGAGCAAGAUGCGGCUAAGCUCUUGGGAAACGCCCGCCUCCAGAGCGUCAAGUACGGCCUGAUCGCGCUGGCGCGGCACCCUGAGGCAGUCGCGGACAGCAAGGUCGGCCAGCAGGUCCGCACCAACCUCUUCAGCGUCUGGAACAAGCACAAGGACACCGAGGAUACGUUGGACUACCUCGGCCCUGAUUUGGUGGACGUAGUGGAGGAGACUCUCGCCUACAAGCCCUCAGAGGGACCAAAGCAGGCGCUGCCGGACAACAAGCCGAAGAAGCGCCCGCUGAAGGGCAAAGCUGACGCGGCACCUGAUGCCUCCGACCCGCCGCCGCCGAAG